UUUGAUGCCUGUCUUCCCUGGACAGCUAUGUUACAUUCGUAAGAACCUGUUCCAUGCAGUUCUUGUUUUGGAUCCUGGUUCAGCUUGCGGUCUUGAGUCCAUUGACAUGAUUAUUUCUUUGUAUGAGAAUAAUCUUCCAAUGAGAUUUGGGGUGAUAUUGUUCUCUACGAAGUUCAUCAAGAUGAUUGAAAUGAAUGAUGGCGAAAUCCCAGCAGCUCCCAUGAGUAAUGAUGAUGUAUCCAGUCUGAUCAUACGUCUUUUUAUUUAAAUUAAGGAACAUCACGGGAUUCACAUGGCUUUCCAGUUUUUGAGC